GCUACUCCAAUUCUGGACGAUGCUUCUGUAUACCACAUCGAUGCCUUCUGCCUCACAUAUAUCGACGCGACGGCGGCAGUAUCAACGACUGUGCUUCACUACAUGCUGAAAGGAGAUAGCAGAACGUAACGCAGCAGAUAACGGUGUCGUCGUCACGAGGAAGGAGAUGGUCGCGGCGUGCACGUGAAGCCCGAAUCAGUGCCGCGACGGCUACGAGGAAGUGAGGUUCGUUGUCGAUCCUCCAAUUUUUCGGCGUGAUCCUGAGGAAUCUUCGUUGAAAAUUGCUCCUGGAACUGCGACUGUUUCGAAGACUGUACGAAUUAUCGUGACGAAUUAUCGCCGGCCUUGAGACUGAUCAUGGAUAGAACGCGACUUGCAUAUGUCACGGCCGUCGCUGUGGGCGCCGGCACAGCUAUGUUCUUUAUCUGGUGGUGGUGGACCAGGAGGCAAAGACCUCAGCCACCAUCGAAAUGGCGAAAGGUCGGCGAGCUGAGUGAUUUGAUUACGUUCCCAGUUAAAUCGCUUGGCCCAAUUCGCAUGACGGCAAUGGAGUGCACGGUAUUGGGCUUGAGGUCCGGUUGGUUGAGGGACCGGACGCUGAUGGUCAUUGAUCUGGAUGGGCAUUUUGUUACCGCCAGACAAAUCCCCAAAAUGGUUCAGGUAUCACCAAGUAUUAAGGAUUCUGUACUGACACUUCGUGCCCCAGGCAUGAUGUCGAUGUCCGUGGAGCUUGCUCAGCUUGGUGGCAAAACUUUCCGAACUGCCGUGUGGGGUCAACCAGUACUGGCGUGCGACUGCGGCGAGGAAGUCGCUCGGUGGCUGUCACGCUUCCUUCUUCAGGAAGAUACCGGUCUUAGGUUGGUCUAUUAUCCAUUAGAUCGGCCGACGAGAGAAGUGAGAACGAAAAACAAGGUCUACCCUUUAACGGAAUCGACAGAUACUGGAGCUUAUCCAGAUGCAACAAGCUAUUGUCUGAUCAACGAAGCUUCGAUAACAGAUCUUAAUAGCCGGCUGGACGAACCGGUCACGCCGCAGCAGUUUCGUCCGAAUUUCGUGGUCAAAGGUGCUACUGCUUACGAAGAGGAUAAGUGGGACUGGGUAAAAAUCGGCAACGUGAUUCUAAGGAACAUCCAGCCGUGCACAAGGUGCAUCUUCACCACAGUAGAUCCAGAGACUGGAACGAAAAAUCCCAAAGUGGAGCCUCUGAAAACUCUCAAAAGUUAUAGACAGAUAGACGAUCCGGAGAUUCGACGUGUAAGUGGCGACAGUCCUGUUAUGGGAAUUCACCUUGGACUGCGAGGAUCAAACGGGACGGUUCGCUUGGGCGAUCCAGUUUAUGUGGGUAUUACCGAAGAAGAAGAGCCAUCUUUGAUAUCACCAUCAUAGCUACGCCGUUGGGACUCUUGCGAAAGUUUGGAAUGCGAACAGUUUCCCGACCCAAAGGUUGAGGGCAAACAUGAAAAGCAGAGUCCAGAAUCAGAUGAUGAGAUAUCAAUAUACAAUCACGCGCAUCACACACACGACUGUGCGUCUGAGACAUUUUCAACUGGGAACAAUUGAUAAUUUGGGAGAUCGGUAAGGGCAAUAAGAUCAUAAAGUUACUCGUAAUUAUUAGUGAUCGUUAUAUCAAUGAAAAAUUUUGUGCUGUGGGCAAGCCUAAAGUGAGCAACGACGUGUGGGAUUAAAUAAUUCUAAGUGUACAUAUGUGCGACCUCAAUCUUUACUUUUUGCAUCAUGGAAUUGCGUCAUUUAGAAAGACAGAAAUAUCUAUAUUUUUUACAUAUUCUGUUAUAUAUUGCUAAGAAUCGCAUUUCCUUUCUGACUCAUAAUAUAAUUUAAAAUUAUAAUUAUCCUAUUACAAGGAACAAAGUUAAAUUUCUUUCGCAACAAAAAGCUUAUCAUUUUGAGAAUAAUAAAACUGUAAUUCUUAAAAUGGUCUGUGAAUGAGUAAAUGUUACUUUACUGUUGUUUUUUAAAUAUUAAAUUUGCAUAUUGCAGCGAUUUUGAAAUUAAUUAUAAUGAUAUAAUAACUCGUGUGUAUUAUGCAGUGUGUAUUGCUUUUAUCAGAAAAAGGAACAAACCAAUACGUAAUGAUAAUAAUCAGUGUCUUAGCACUCUUCAUUUAAUUUUACAAAAUUAUUAUAACAAUCUGUUAAAACUCUCGUAAAUAGUAUCAGAUGCAAAUUUCGUCAAUUCCGUUAAUAUCCGGAACUACACACAUGAUAUUUUUCUAAUUAUAUUUUUGUACUAUACACAAAGAAUGUAAUAAAUCUUAGUGAAUCUUAAUACACUGUCGAGAAUACAUA